UUGCAGAAUUUCCUGCGUCUUGUUGUGGACGUGUGAGCGUGCAGUCAUCUUCAGCGUUUGGCUACUAUUGCCCAACAUGGUACAUGACCACGAACACCAGCGCGAGUUGUCUAUACUCAACAUACAUCCCGCAAUACUCCAAGGUCCGACUCUACUCCACAACCUUGUGCGAACGCCCUCCGAAGCGAUCGCUAUCGAUUUCCUGGAAAAUGGAUCGAAAAGGCGGAUGAUGUCUUACAAGACGCUCCACGCCAUGAGCGACAGUCUGGCUAUGAAGAUAACUGAAUCGUUGUCAAGGCUGGAAAAUGCUUCUGCAGUCAUUCCUGUUCUAUUGCCUCAAAGUCCAGAGCUUUAUGUGGCUUUGCUGGCUAUCUUGAAGGCGGGCAAAGCCUUUUGCCCACUGAAUCUAGACAUCCCUGAGGAGCGGCUGAAAUUUAUAAUGAAGGACAUAUCAGCCAAUGUAAUAAUAACAAACGCCUCAUACGAAGCCAAGGCAUCCUCUGCUACUGGGGCUCGAACGUUUCUGGUGGACUCAGAAUUGCCUAAGCGCAACGGCUUCCAUACUCUGAGAUUACCUUCCAUAACCACCACCGACCUGGCUUAUGUUUUAUACACCAGUGGCUCCACAGGCUUACCAAAGGCUGUGAGCGUUUCUCACCGCGCUGUUACCCAGAGUCUUCUUGCUCAUCAUCGACAUCUCCCCGAAUUCGCUCGUUUUCUUCAGUUUGCUGCCCCGACUUUUGAUGUGUCCAUCUUCGAAAUCUUCUUCCCAUGGUACAGAGGAAGCACCUUGGUCGGCUGCACACGCGCGCAGAUGCUUGACGAUCUUCCUAAAACCAUUCGGAUGCUUGAAGUGGAUGCUGCUGAGCUGACUCCUACCGUCGCAAGCAACCUCCUUCAAGGUCGUUCGAGUGUUCCUGGACUGAAGCUUCUACUCACCAUAGGCGAGAUGCUCACUCAGCAUGUCGUUGAAGAAUUUGGUAGUACAGAUAUCAAGAAUAGCAUCCUUUGGGGAAUGUACGGACCCACAGAAGCUGCCAUUCAUUGCACUUUGCAACCAAAAUUCUCCGCAUCGUCCUCGAUUGGCAUUAUAGGGGUUCCGUUAGACACCGUCUCGGCCUUGAUCAUCGCCCCUGUCAAUGAAGGAGAUGUAUCUGGCACUAUCACAAUUCUGCCUCUUGGCGAAGUGGGUGAACUCGCUGUGGGUGGCGCUCAAGUAGCGGAAGGAUAUCUCAAUCGCCCAGAGCUUACUACCACCUCCUUUGUUAACCACCCGAAGUACGGUUACCUGUAUCGGACUGGAGAUCGAGCGAAGCUUCGCCAAGACGGUACCCUGGAAUGUUUCGGCCGCAUUGUGGGAGGUCAGGUCAAACUCCGAGGUCAAAGAGUAGAGCUUGGCGAGAUCGAACACAUCAUUGCGAAAGUCGAUGCUUGUCGUGCAACUGCGGUAAUGAUUAUUGAGGACACUUUGGUCGCCUUUUGUGCCGUUGCUUCACGCAAAGUAUCUCGCGCCGAAAUUAUACACACCUGCCAGCACUGGCUACCUGAACACAUGGUACCAUCGGACGUAAGCUUUCUCUCUAGCAUGCCACAGCUUCCAUCUGGAAAAGUUGACAAGAAUGCUCUUGAAUCGCAAUACCUCCGUACCAAACAUUCUACCAGCACUUCUACGACACUCUCCGGCAAUGGCGUAGAUGUCACUGUCGUUCGUACCGUCCAAAAUCAUUUGAAGCAUGCCAUUUCUCCAGGCUCCGACCUGGCCGUUGCUGGGUUGAACUCCCUCCAAUCAAUCCGCAUAGCUUCAGAGUUACGUCGGAAUGGUUACAAUCUCAGCGGGAUUGACGUGCUAUCUGCAAAUACAGUAGAAGAUCUUGUCCAAACUUGCAUAGACAAAAGUUUCACGAAUGGAUACGAUCGAACACAACCACCGCCUAUAGACGUCGUCUUGGAUGCGCACACUAAUCUCAAAGAGCGACGGGCGGACAUAGCCCAUGUUUUACCGUGUACCCCAUUGCAGGAAGCUAUGUUGGUCGAGACAAUGCUGAGGCCAAGCGCAUACUGCAACUGGAUCGAGGUUGAGUUGUCAGUGUCGCGCACAUUCCACGAGAUACGAGCUAUGGUCCUCACGCUAGCUCAAGCAAACGAGUCUUUACGCACUGGAUUCAUUCCGACUUCCACGAGUGCAGGAAACUUCAUGCAGAUCGUGUGGAAAACACUAUCGACACUCCAAAUUCAGGAAGUGGCUAGCUUUUCAAAGGUGUAUUCCUUAGGAUCCGACGAAUCCCUACUGCAGCCCCUCGCAAUUCAAAUAAUAUCAGGUUUGCAAAAGCCACGACUUCUGUUCCAAAUUCAUCAUGCCUUGUACGAUGGGUGGUCAUUCGAUCUUCUACUUCACGAUCUCGACAGACUCCUUCUUGGAUUGGACACGAGACGCCGACCGCAGUUUCGAGACAUGGUUCGUUAUUGUGUCCAAGACCAAGGCGCUUCACAUGCAAUUGAUAAUGCGUAUUGGGCCGAAUUACUCGAAGGAUACAUUCCAUCUACUCUGCCAAACUUCAAUGGAAAGGUCGUUCACAAGACGAGACUUCAAUCUCUGUCCGGGCGCUCAUCGGUGAACCCGGGUAUCCUUUUCGAACGUGCUCACAAGCUUUUGGUCAACCCUCAGGUUUUCUUCCAAGUGGCGACCGCUUACGUGCUAGGGCUUUACACUGGCUCAUCAGAUGUUAUUCUUGGCAACGUCACUUCGGGCAGAACGGUACCUGUCACCGAGGUAGAGGAGAUGAUCGGCCCUUGCGUAGCUUCGUUACCAUUUCGCCUACAAUUCGAUCCGCUGUCUCGAGUUCAAGACGUCCUAGUCGCAGCCCAUAGUCUGAAUCGCGCCGGCAUGCACCACUCCAGUCUGCCAUUGCGCGAGAUAGCAAAAACGGCCCACAUACAACCUGGAACACGAUUGUUCGAUGCCUUGUUCGUCUGGCAACAGUCUUUAAGCUCCGACUCGAACUCAUCUCUCAAUGCGAAGAUGGUAGACAGUGCAGACGACCUCGAGUUCAAGAUUACCCUUGAGUUUGAACCUUGCAAAGAUAGCAUAUCAUUCCGUGCCACAUUCGAUCCGUCAACGAUACCAGAAAAGCAAACUAAAUACAUGUCCCAACAGAUUGAUGAUGUGGUCCAGCUGUUCCUCAAGGAUCCGGACUGCACGGUGGCCAACAUUGGAAAAUGUUUUACCGACACCUUGCGUUCCAUCGCGAAUCCUACACCCGAACAGGAAACUUUCCAAAAUGGCCCAUCAUAUGCAGUGGAGAAGUGGGCUAGGGAGUCACCCGAGAAGGAAGCAGUCGUCUUCGGCCACAUCAUCGAUAACAUGAUCAAAAUCAAGAAAACGAUAAAUUACGCGACCCUGAACUCUCGUGCAAACCAGCUUGCCCGUCUCCUCAUAGAGCAUGGUGUCGGCAAGGACCAAUUGGUUUGCAUAAUCAUGGAGAAAUCUAUUGACCUCUAUAUUUCAGUCCUUGCGGUGUUGAAAAUUCGCUCAGGCUAUCUACCACUCACUCCUGACACACCAGCUCAGAGAAUCAAAGCUGUCAUGGACGAUGCCAAAGCUGCAGUAUGCAUCAGCAAUAGCAAAGAUUCUCAACAGUUCCGCAACUAUAUAUCUAGUGCGAUCAUUGAUCUCGACACAUCGGAUCUUUCAACUUACUCUGAUGGGAAUCUGGACAUACCAUAUAACGGGUCACACCUCGCCUAUGCCAUUUUUACAAGCGGUAGCACUGGCACACCGAAAGGCGUGCUCGUUACUCAAGAUAAUCUAAUGAGCAACCUCAAGUAUCUUUCGAACGUAUACCCCUAUACAUCUACCUCUAGAUUGCUUCAGUCGUGCUCGCAGGCUUUCGAUGUCUCAGUCUUCGAGAUUUUCUUCUCAUGGUACGCUGGAAUAUGUUUGUGCACAGCGACCAAGGAAGACCUAUUCCACAACUUCGAAGGUAGCAUCAAUCGCCUAGGCAUCACUCACCUCAGCCUCACACCGACCGUUGCAUCUUUGAUCAACCCCAAGAACGUACCGCGCGUUGAGUUCCUUGUGACUGCCGGGGAGGCGCUGACCGAACAUGUUCGACGUGAAUGGGCUGGUAAUGGCUUGUUUCAGGGCUAUGGACCUUCGGAAACGACGAACAUCUGCACUGUCCGCCCCUCAGUAGGACUUCUAGACUUAAUUAACAACAUUGGGCCUCCAUUCGAUAAUACCUCGGCUUUUGUGUUAGAUCCAGACAGCGAAACCAUACUCCCUCGAGGAGCUGUGGGUGAGCUUUGCUUUGGAGGCAUGCAAGUGUUCCGAGGAUAUCUCAAUAGACCCGACCUCAACGCAACCAGAAUUUUGAAUUUACCGAUUUACGGGCGCGUCUACCGAUCAGGCGACAUGGGCGUUCUACUUCCAGACGACUGUAUUUUAUCCACUGGUCGCUCGGACGACCAAGUUAAGAUUCGCGGUCAGCGUGUAGAGCUCGGCGAGAUUACAUCUACCGUUCUUGAUUUAGCUAUCGUCAAAGAUUGCGCCACCUUGCUUCUGUCAACUGACAACGGGACCAAAAGACUGGCUAUCUUCUGGGUUCCAACAACAGCGUCUGGCGAUUAUUUUGAGCUACUGAGUCCUGAGAUAUACCGGUCAGGAAUUCUUGAAAUCUUUGAAUCAUUAUUACACCGGCUGCCAUCAUACAUGAUACCCUCUCACGUCGUACCCAUCUCCAGGCUCCCGAUGACUGCUCAAGCUAAGAUCGAUAAGCGACUCCUGCAAGCGACUUUCAAUGCUCUACCACAAGAUUAUCUAACGUUUGCUGGUCAGCCCAACGUUCUCAACAGCGGACCGAAAGAAUUUUGCGAAUGGGAAAAGAAGGUCGCAGACCUCUUGGCCAAGAUCUUAGACCUACCCUCGAGCGAUAUUGAGCGAAACUCGUCGUUCUUCAAUCUAGGGCUUGAUUCAGUAUCAGCCAUUCGUUUCAAUAGAGAGCUCAACAAUCUAGGUCUAGGGGACUUCACCGUACCUUUGAUCCUUAAAAAUCCUACGAUAGCACACCUUGCGUCUUCGAAAUCUAGGCAGUCGUCUUCGCGCCAACUUUCUGAAACUCCGAAGGUGGCCCUUGACAGCGUUUUCAACCCAGACCAGGUCCACCAAAUACGUUCUCAGUAUGAGCAGCGAGGUUUGCAAGUGGCAAAGAUUCUGCCCUGUACACCACUCCAAGAGGCGAUGUUAUCAGGCAGGCAAUCGCUGUCCGACUCCGCGUACUCCAACAUAAUGAUCUUCGACAUCAAAGGCAAUGUCUCGCGCUUACAAGAUAGCUGGGCGCUCAUGAUUCGUCGUCAUGAGAUUCUUCGUACUUCUUUUAUCCCGACGGACGAUCCAUCACAUGCUUUUGCACAGGUGGUCUUGGAGGAAAGUCAGUUGCAAUGGAAACAAACUGACGCACAAUCGGACUCCUUCGGGUACAUUUAUAGUGCUCUUUCCGAUCUCCUAGAAGCCCACAUGCCCCCUCUCUGGCUUGCACUCAACAAGACGGAAAAAACGACCAAGUUGUUGUUCUGUUGCCACCACGCGCUUUAUGAUGGGGUUGCCAUCUCAACUCUCAUCGAAGAAAUACAACAUGCUUACUCCGGCCACGAUUUACCACCGCCAAUUCCUUAUGGUCUGUAUCUUGAGCACAUGCUGUCUCAGAACCUCUCAAGUGCUGAUCAGUUUUGGGCAACAUCUCUCGCGGAUUUCGAACCCUCCGUGUUCCCCGACCUCACGGGUAGGGCUCUCACGUCCCAGCAUACUUCGGGCUCUGUUAUACGUCGAUUACAGAUGCCACUAAGCGAGUUACGAAAAGCUUGUCAAAGUGUAUCUCUGUCAAUGCUCUCGGGGAUUCAGGCUGCUUGGGCAAAACUGCUACAUUUUUACACCGGAGAGAACGACAUAUGCUUUGGUAAUGUUGUGAGUGGACGAACCCUAUCCGGAAACGACUUCGAACAUCUUGUCGCACCAUGUUUUAACACUCUACCUGUACGUGUCAAUACAACACUCAAAGAAGGAGGUCGUCUGUUCGAUACUCUUGUGAUUCUUCAACAGCCGGGAACUCCAUUGGAUGAUUCGAUAUGGACGCUAGAACAAGACGUCGGAGCUAUGGACCUGCCUGUAGUCUGCGAGAUACUGCAAGAUCAAGCGCACGAUGCUUUGGAGUUGAUUCUCCAUUAUCACAGCACUGUCUUAUCUGAGAUGGAUGCCACCAUCGUUGCAGAAACCUUCGACGACGCCCUCACAAGUUUGACCAGGUACCCACGAGCGUCUGCUAAUGACACAAUCGGCUUUCGAGCAAAGCUUCGGGCUGAAUCCGAUGCGACUUUGGAACACCCCAGCCCCCAAAACUCUCUAUUGCAUUCGGCAUUUGAACAAGUCGCAUCGUUACAACCUGAUACCAUUGCACUCGACUUCCUGCAUGCAGACGGUGAAAGGACGACUUGGUCAUAUAAAACUCUCAACGAAGAGGCAAAUAGGAUGGCCCAUGCUUUACUAGACGAAGGAAUCUUACCCGAGGACAUCAUCCCCAUACAUCUUCCAAAAAGUCCACAAUUCUAUACGAGCAUAUUGGGAGUGCUCAAAGCAGGUGCAGCGUUUGCUCCCAUCCAUCCCGAUCUUCCCGACGAGCGAAAACGACUCAUGAUGAUGGAACUGGGUCCUAAGGUCGUGUUGUGUUCUGACAUAUCCUCACUGCCUAGAGAUUGCCAACAGGCGAAGAUGAUCAAUGUUGAAGAUGUGAGGCGCUGUUCCAUAAGCAAUCCUGUGAUACAUAGCCUGAGUGGGUCGAGCCUAGCUUACUGCCUUUACACUAGCGGCUCUACAGGCUUGCCAAAGGCUGUAAGCAUGGAACAUCGCGCCCCGGUUCAAACGAUUGAGAGUUCGAGAUCACUGAUACCUUGGACAACGGACUCCCGAAUCCUUCAGUACGCAGCAACCACAUUCGAUAUGUGCUAUUACGACUGCUUUGUAGCGUGGACAUUUGGUAUCGCUCUCUGUGCUGCAGAGCAACACGAGAUGCUGAACGAACUACCAAAAAUCAUCAACACUCUUGAGGUAGACCUACUAGAUCUUACACCAUCAGUGGCAGUUUCUCUCUCUCGAGCUGAAGUACCCAAGGUCAAGUGGCUUUAUUGUAUCGGCGAAGCGUUAUCACUCGACAUCACAAAGGAGUGGGCCGGCGCAUGUGUCAACUCUUAUGGUCCGACGGAAGCUGCAUUUUGCACCACGAUCUACCCGGUAUCAGACAAAUCAAAAGCGUCUAUCAUCGGCAAGCCCUUUCCGACGACAUCGUUUGCAGUAUUUCCUCUUCAAGGCGAUCGACCAUUACCCCUUUUGGGUACUGGUGAACUAUAUAUUGGUGGCGCACAACUUUCGAGAGGUUACCACGGUAGAUCGAAUUUGACGGAGGAGAAAUUCGUCUUCAAAUGUGGCCAGAGGUUCUACAAGAGUGGAGACACAGUCCGCAUGUUAACUGAUGGCAACUUCGAGUUCUUGGGCCGCGCAGAUGACCAGGUCAAGAUUCGAGGUCAAAGAGUCGAACUGGGCGAGAUAAACCAAGUCCUUCAAGGUAGCCACUCGGAUAUCGCAACGGUGACCACGUUGAUUAUGAGGAAAAAUACAAAUGCGAAAGAACAGCUAGUGACUUUCCUCAGUACACGCCACACGAUUGAUGAUGCCGAGCGCGCCGUCAUCCAAACAAAGAUGAAGCAGACUGCGAUUCAGUACCUACCGUCGUAUAUGAUACCUCAAUUCUAUAUUUUUGUGGAUUGCCUACCAAGAUCUAUGGCUGGCAAGGUCGACAAAAAGGCUCUUGCGGCGAUCUUUAGCAACUAUGCAGACGACGAACCAUUCCCUAAUGGAACUGAAGCAUAUCCUUCGGAUUACGUAUGGACUGAACUCGAGACGCAAAUUCGACUGGUAUUUGCGCAACUCUCAAGAACACCUCUGAAUGAUAUCACACCAACGACCACAAUUUACCAGCUUGGUCUUGACAGUAUCAGCGCAGUCCAGAUUGCGGCCGCCAUGCGAAGACAAGAUCAUAACGCGAGCGCUGCGGAUGUCAUGAGAUAUACAAACUGUGUCAACCUUGCGGCGUAUCUUAGUCAAAGCACCGCGCCGGAGAGCUUGGCACCUACACAAUUCGACUUCAACGAGUUCGAUACGAAGCACAGAGCUCUGGUACUAGAAGAAUGCAACUUGGAAGAUCAAGAUGUAGAAGUUGUUCUUCCCUGUACACCUCUCCAAGACGGUAUAGUUUCGCAAUUCUUGACCAAAGAUGGAACAGUGUACCUGAACUGUCUUCGUCUACAGUUGAUAUCUGAAGUCGACCUUGAUCUACUGAAAGAGGCAUGGACGACAGUCAAGAAUCGCAAUCGCAUCCUCCGAACCGGAUUUGCCCAUAUCAAAGAUGAGCAUCAUUCCUUUGCUAUGGUACAACACAGGCCAGAAGCUAUAAGCCUACCAUGGGACUCAUCGCCAGACGAUAGUUCGCUCAAAUCGACUGAUGAUUGGUUGAGGAGGUUGCAGCAACGAGGACUAGAAAAGCCGCAUUGGCCACUGUGGAACAUCCGGAUCGUUUACGAAAAUGAGAAGACGUUCCUAGAUUUGGCUAUAUUUCAUGCACUGUUCGACGCGCAAAGUUUACAGAUGAUCUUACAGGAAGUCAUGGAUGUUUACAAUGGUCAGUCACUUGGAGAGAUUGUGCUCCUAGAUCCUGUACUGGAUGCAAUUCUUUGUUCAAGCAAGGAUGAGCAAGAGUACGCAGAAAAGUUUUGGACACGACUAGGAAGGACAGCAAGUCCAUCCCGUUUCCCCAAUCUGACCCCCCUGAGAUGCGGACCAACAACCCCAGCAGUGCUCACAAAACAAUCUUUGAAACUGCUUAGCGACAUAGAAGGUGGUUGCCGCAAAGCCAAUGUCAGCCUUCAAGCCGUUGGUAUUGCCAGUUGGUUGACUCUUUUGUCCGCAUACACUGGCCAACCCACCGUGACAUGUGGGAUCGUACUCGCUGGUCGUAGCUUCGAAGCUGCCGCAAAGGCAGUCUUUCCAUGUAUAAAUACGGUGCCUUUGACGUGUACGAUCACCGAGGAUCGAGCAAAGAUACUAGAGACAGUCAUGGCGCUGAAUGCAGAGGUACAACAACAUCAACUCACACCGCUCAACGACAUACAACGUUUUAUGGGUUACCCGAAUGAGUCUCUUUUUGAUUCGAUCUUCGCCUAUCAGAAGUUGCCAAGUCCAGAGAAAGAGUUCAAAAACGAUCUCUGGAGUGUAGUCGAUGAGAGGGCGACUACAGAGUAUGCAUUGUCUCUCGAAUUGGAACCGAAAUAUGGUCAUUUGGAGUAUCGACUCACCUAUCUGCCACACAUUGUACCACUGGAGCAAGCCAGUCUGAUUCUCGAUCAGCUCAACCACUUGAUGGAGUGCUUCGUCUUUGAUAAAGGACAUUCUACAACUCAAACCUUACCCGAUCAAUCAAUUUACUCCAUCAAUCCGCCCAAACAGAUGUCACUUCCAUCAGAGGCUACACUACUCCACGAGCUAGUUGAGCUGACCGCAGUUGAACAUCCCAAUCGCGUCGCCUUGGAAUUCGCGCACACAAUUCGGCAUGAUGAAUAUCUGGGUAGAAGCUGGACCUAUGCUGAACUUGACGGUGAAGGAAAUCGCAUCGCUCAUAUACUCAUCUCUCAUGGUGUUCAUCCGGGCGAUCUAGUUGGUGUUUGUUUUGAGAAGUGCCCAGAAGCUUCCUUCGCGAUGCUUGGAAUUUUGAAGGCUGGAGGUGCGUUUGUCGCAAUCGACCCCGGAGCGCCCGCUGCACGUCAAACGUUUGUCAUCGAGGAUUCGAACGCUCGAGUGGUGCUAUCUAUGAAAGUACAGUCUGUCAACUUCAAGGAGAGCAUCAGUGUACCAGUCCUGAAUCUGGAUGAAGUUGAGACGAGCUCAUUGCCACAGACCAAGCCAGUCUUGGAGCGAAAACUCGAUCCCCAGGAUCGAAGCUAUUGUCUAUAUACUAGCGGCACCACUGGCACGCCCAAAGGUUGCGAAUUGACCCACGAGAACGCUGUACAAGCGCUUCUCGCUUUCCAACGCUUGUUUGCAGGGCAUUGGGAGGUAGAAUCGCGCUGGCUGCAGUUCGCAUCUUUUCACUUCGAUGUUUCGGUGCUUGAGCAGUAUUGGAGCUGGUCUGUCGGUAUCUGUGUUGUAUCGGCACCUCGAGAUCUCAUAUUCGAGGACUUGGCUAACUCGAUCAACACUUUGGGUAUUACGCACAUCGAUCUGACACCCAGUCUCGCCCAGAUACUACAUCCGGAUGACGUGCCGAGUCUUUGCAAGGGUGUCUUCAUCACGGGAGGCGAGAGUUUGAAGCAGGAGAUACUGGAUGUCUGGGGUCCAAAAGGCGUAAUCUACAACGGCUACGGACCGACCGAAGCGACCAUUGGUUGUACAAUGUAUCCACGUGUGCCUGCCAACGGCAAGCCUUCGAACAUCGGCUCGCAGUUUGACAACGUCGGAUCCUUCGUUUUGCAGCCAGAUUCAGACACACCUGUGCUUCGAGGCGGCGUUGGGGAACUAUGUGUUUCUGGCAAACUUGUUGGAAAAGGAUAUCUGAAUCGCCAUGAUCUAACAAAAGAACGGUUUCCGUACCUCGAACGUCUCGGCGAACGGGUUUACCGCACCGGAGAUCUUGUCAGGAUACUUCACGAUGGCACCUUUGACUUCCUCGGGCGCGCAGAUGACCAAGUCAAACUACGAGGACAACGCCUCGAGAUAGGCGAGAUCAACUCAACUAUCAGGCAGUCCAGCCAAAGCAUUUCGGACGUCGCAACAUUAGUACUCAAGCACCAGAAGCACCACAAAGAGCAGUUGGUAGCGUUUGUUGUUCUUGGUGUUAAAUCCAAAAGCGACUCAAAAGCACUGCUGAGUGAGGCAAGCGUUAUAGAUCGAGCCAAGGAAGCAUGCCAUGAGCGAUUACCGCCGUACAUGGUACCCACACAUUUUGUUCCUCUCGCAUCCAUGCCAUUGAAUAUCAACAACAAAGCGGAUGGAAAGAAGCUUAGGGAUAUGUAUCGGUCUUUUUCGGCCAGUGACUUGCAAAAGCUCGCAGCUAUCACAGGUGCACAUGACGAAGUAUGGUCAAAACAAGAACAACAACUCCACGAUGUGCUCAAGGACAUACUACAUGUGAGCGAAGACAAUUUUGGUAAAGAUUCUAGUUUCUUCGAGCUGGGAAUGGAUUCAAUUUCGGUCAUCGGUGUCUCGAAAGCGAUGAAGAAACUUGGCUUCUCAGACGCUACUGCAUCACUGAUCUUACGGAACCCUACUAUUCGUCGAAUUACCAAGGCUCUUUUUUCGACGAAACCCGCUGCAAAUGAUUACGGAUCUCUUAUCGCAGCACAACAAGUCAUUGCUGCAGUUGAGCACAAGCAUCGACGAACGGUCGCUUACUCUUUGGCAAUCAAUCCGGGGGACAUUGAAGCCCUUGCGCCCUGCACACCUCUUCAGCAGGGCAUGAUUGCGAGAUAUCUGGACAGCGAUGAUGGUCUGUAUUUCAAUACUUUCUAUUUUGAGUUGAGUCACGUUGUCAAUGGUGGCAAGCUUCGAGCAGCAUGGGAGAGCGUACACGACUCGACUCAGAUCUUGCGGACUGUGUUUGCAAAUACCGAAGACGGUUACGUCCAGGCAGUACUACGACAAGCUCCCCUCUACUGGGGAAUGGAUAGCAUCAUAAAAAACGAAUCGAUAGACGGAUGUUUGACAAGACUAAGGCAAAGCUGGCUGAAGCGUAACCGCACUGAACUUGGACGGCCCUUUGAGGUCGUGUUCGUCGCCACACCAAACCGGAACCUAUUAGCAGUGCAUUUGUUCCAUGGACUGUAUGAUGGCACUAGCAUCAACAUUAUGUUUGAUUCUGUCUGGAACGAGUACAACGGGCGAACAGUGGGCAGCGACACGCCUUCAUUCCAAAUGGCACUUGCCUAUGGUCCGUUGCGGAUUCUCGAAGGCGCAAAAGCUUUCUGGCAAGAACACAUUUCGGACAACCGUCUCAAUCCGUUUCCCAAACUCGUUGAAACCCCACAGGAUGGAUCCAUCGUUGUCACUCGAGUGCUGGAUUCUCUCACGACCUUCGAAGCAACCAGGCGGAGACUGAACGUGACCGCUCAAGCCAUUGCUCAAGCAUGCUGGAUCAGCGUGCUCGAAAAAUAUCUCAAAGGUACCACCAUCCAUGUGGGCUUGGUCGUUUCGGGCCGAAGCCUUGACCUUGAGGGAGCUGAACGUAUUGUUGGGCCGAUGUUCAAUACAAUUCCAUACCAACACAGUUCUGGGCGUAACGAAUCCUGGUCGUCUGUAAUCAAGAAGCUUCACGACUUCAACGUUGCGGCCCAUCCUUAUCAGCACACCCCGCUGAGAGAUAUCAUGAAGUGGUGCAAGAGAAGCCCUGGUCAACCACUCUUCGACAACUUAUUUGUUUAUCAGGUUGCGCCAGACAAUUAUGACUGCACGAACAAUGAAGUUUGGAAGCUCCUGGAUGGGGAUGUGGCGGCAGAUUAUGCUUUGUCUUUCGAAGUCGAACAGAUAGGUUUGGAUGAGCUCAGACUAACCCUAGUCACACAAGGACACACAUCAAACCAGGAAACUUCAACCAAGCUUCUCAAUCAAUUUGAAAAUGUAUUGCGACAAGUUCUGACAGAUCCAAUGGCUGUUGAAGAGUUCUCAACUGAGACAAACGGCAUUAUGAAUGAUUGCCGCACUAGACAAAACCACCCGCUGCAUGGUACGAAUGGCACGAACGACUUCGAUUGGACAGAUGUAGCCCUUACGAUUAGAGGCGAAAUCGCUGGCCUGACAAGCGUCGAAGUUGAUGAGAUUAGCGAAGCGACGACGAUAUUCGAACUUGGUCUUGACAGCAUUGACGCAAUCAAGCUGUCUUCAAGGCUUAAGAAACGCGAUAUCGAUCUACCAGUGAGCGGCAUCAUGCGCAGUCUCACGAUUGCGAAAAUGGUGGCAAACAUCUCGAACAACAGAACUCAUCCAAAUCGACAUUCGUAUGACAAGGAAUUCAAAUCACACAAAAUCAAACUCGAACGCUAUGUCAGGCAACACAACACUAACAUAGGAGAUAUUGGGCAAGUACUACCACUGACACCGCUACAAGAGGCGAUGACUGCUGAGAUGAUUGCUUCCGAUUUUACGAGAUAUUACAACUACGACAUCAUGGAGCUCACGCAUACUGUCAAUGUCGACAAACUUCGAGACGCAUGGGAACAAGUGGUUCGGGCUUCGCCGAUCCUUCGUACCUCCUUCGUGGAAGUGGACGAUGUCAACCUAGAUCAGUCUUUGGCACAAAUCAUUCAUCAGCAGCCUCAUGCGUUCUGGACAAGCACCAAAGUCGACGAAGAGCCUAACUUCCCUGUUCUUUUCGAGUUGUCUCGCAUGGAAGCUAAAAAAUCGUCGUCGUUCACUCCUCUGUUCAACGUUCAACUCGUCGAGGCACCCAGCCACACUUAUCUGCUCCUGUCAAUCGCACAUGCUCUCUACGAUGGCUGGUCUCUCGGCCUACUACACUCUGAUGUUCAUAGCGCUUAUCACGAUCAACUCACUCCUCGAUCUGAUUAUGUGUCUACUUUGGCCAAGAUAUUAUCCACUUCCGAUUCCGACGCGACAACGUUUUGGCGAGACUACCUACUCGGCGCAAAGCCAAGCUCAAUACCCAGACAACCAGAUCUCUCGGAAUCUAACGUGAGACAAACCCAUCGCCAUCAGCAGGUCAGCCACAUACCUUUACCGGACAUGCAAUCUUUUGCGAAAAAGAACAAGAUCUCCCUUCAGACGUUAGGUCAAACAGUCUUUGCUAUGGUACUGGCAUCCUGUGUUCAAUCUCUAGAUAUCACAUUUGGCUGCGUUCUCUCCGGCCGUGACGAUGUUGGAGAAUCACAGCUGUUGUUCCCGAUGAUGAACACUGUAGCCAUCCGUACGAUACUCCAUGGAACACGCGCAGAGAUGUUGCAAUACGUGCAAGAAAACUUCAACAACAUCAAGCAGUGGCAACACUACCCGCUGCGCAAAGCGUUGUCUGCAGCUAGAGUGCCCGGCAAACUGUUUGACGGUCUGUUCAUCUAUCAGAAGAGUACGGAUGAAUACGAAGACCCAAGCAAGAGGUUGUACCACAGCGUUGAGGGCCACAGCAAUGUCGAGUAUCCGGUCUGUGUGGAGAUGGAGGUUGUGCAGGACGAGUUAAUAUGGCGCUGUGCAGCAAGCGAAGAGGUGUUUUCUGGAGUGGAGGCAAAGGAGCUCGCAAGCAAGUUGGAUGAGGUACUGACGCACAUCAUCAAGUGUCCAGAACAUCUCGUCAUCGAAUCUACACCGCAAGGAGUGUCGGUCUGUGGACUACCAUCGUUCAUGAGUCAAGUCACGGGUAUGUCUAAUGGAGCGUCUUCUGUGAACGGAGAGAACUGCGACAAGACAAUCCAGUCGCAGACAGCACGUAAGAUACGCGAGGUUCUGGCUGCGGUCUCCAAAACCCCUGAGGGGGAGAUUACUACGGACAUGACAAUAUUUCACGUGGGCUUGGACUCCAUCAGUGCGAUCAAAGUAUCAUCACUCCUCCGCAAGCAGUCUAUAGUACUCAGUGUAGGCGAUAUGCUCAGAGCUGGUACUAUAGGACAAAUGGCUCAGCUAGUCGAUGCGCGCUCUGCAGCUCCUGCGGAUGGAGACAACCCCACAGAUCUGAAGAUCGAAGGAUCGUUGGGUGACCUGGAUCGAGUGCGCAAUCCUCACCUAGUUGGUUUCGAAGAGACUGAUGUAGAAAACAUUCUUCCUGUCACCGGUGGUCAGCUGUACAUGUUGUCCAUGUGGCUCAAUUCGGAAGGCAGCAACUUCUAUCCAACCUUCAAGUAUCGAGUUGACGCAUCCGCAACUUAUGAAACACUCCAGAAGUCAUGGACAGCUCUCGUUGCUUCCAACACGAUCUUGCGAACAUGCUUUGUAUCGACCAAGGACAGUCAUUUACCUUACGUACAGACGAUUCUACGAGUGUCAGACACCACCAUAACAAAUCUCACGGGGUUCAGCGACGAGGAAAUUCAGGCCUGCACAAAACAGCGCGCUUCAAACCAGCCAUGGGCACAUAUCUUUGUAUCGCAAGUUUCGACUGGUUGGGACCUCAGGCUUCAAAUUCACCAUGCACUGUACGACGGUGUCAGCCUGCCACUUCUGAUGCAGCAGUUCCAAGACAUUUGCAACGGCUUCGAAGCCCCUUCUCCGACCGACACCCUUGGCAACCUCAUCACCAAAUACUCUACCGCACCAGAGCUCGAGAGUCGCAAGUCGUUCUGGACGAAAUACUUAGCUGGCGUUGAGCAGCAUCUCUUCUCCCAGCCAUCGACACAACCCACAGCUAAAACGCAAAUCUUCAACCCGGGUUUGGUCCAUACUUCUGUGCUAGAGGCGAUUGCUCGCAAACAUGGCAUCUCGCUACAAUCGCUUCUCCUUGCCACCUACGCGAAACUUUAUGCUACACUCACCGGUACUCAUGAAGGUGAAGACGUCGUUGUUGGCGUCUACUUGGCGAAUCGCUCACUUGCCAUCGAAAACCUCGUGUCUGCCGCCAUCCCGACUGUGAACCUUCUCCCACUGCGUAUCCCCUCACCACUCAAAACCGACAUCCUGAAUGUCGCUGUGCAGAUCCAACGCGACCUGCGGGAAAUCAGUGGGUCGACAAAUUCCUUGGCUAGUCUAUGGGAAAUCAAUGCAUGGACGGGGAUGCGAGUUGAUACCUUUGUCAAUUUUCUGGCACUUCCUGAUGCUGACCAAGAGGCGGAAGGCUCUUCGAACGAAGACAGGGUGACGAUCAGCCAGGUUGGGGAAUGGGAGCAGCCAGUCAGCAGGGUCUCAACGAUUGAAUAUGGAACUACGGAGGUUCCAGAUGAGUUGAAGGAUGAGCAGGUUAAUGGCGUGUAUUUGCAUGCUGUCGAUAUCGAGGCCACAGUCCACAAUGGCGCAUUGAAUGUCGGUGUUUUUGCGCCGGUCGAGAUGCUGGAUUUAGAAGGAGGGGAGAGACUCAUUCAAAGCAUUAAGGAGGAAUUGGAGGCUGUUUGUCGGAGCACAGUAUAG